CGUGCGCUGACGUCAUAACGCCGCACACGUAGUCCCGCCCCUGCAGAGAUCGGCGCUGGGACGGACCCGGGGUGCUCUCAGACCUGGAAUGUGAGGCCUCGGCCCCGCUGACCUCGGCUCCCUGCGCGCUCUCCGCCCCGGCCUGCGCUCGCUGCCGCCGUCCCUAGCUCGCCCGGAGGAGCCAGGGCGGCCGCGCCCUUCUGCCGUGUGCCCGCGUGGCCGCCACCGCCCCUCCGAAUCCUCCGGGGCCGCAGAGGAGUUCGCUACGGAGGGAGGCGGGGGCCUUCGGGAGGAGGAGGAGGAGGAGGCGGAGGAGGCGGAGGAGGAGGGAAGGAAGAUGGCGGCCGUGGAACUAGAGUGGAUCCCAGAGACUCUCUAUAACACCGCCAUCUCCGCUGUCGUGGACAACUACAUCCGCUCCCGCCGAGACAUCCGCUCCUUGCCCGAGAACAUCCAGUUCGAUGUUUACUACAAGCUGUACCAACAGGGACGCUUAUGUCAACUGGGCAGUGAAUUUUGUGAAUUGGAAGUUUUUGCUAAAGUAUUGAGAGCUUUGGAUAAAAGACAUUUGCUUCAUCAUUGUUUCCAGGCUUUGAUGGAUCAUGGUGUGAAAGUUGCUUCAGUCUUGGCCUACUCAUUCAGUAGACGGUGCUCAUAUAUAGCAGAGUCAGAUGCUGCAGUGAAGGAAAAAGCCAUUCAGGUUGGCUUUGUUUUAGGUGGCUUUCUUUCCGAUGCAGGCUGGUACAGUGACGCUGAGAAAGUUUUUCUGUCUUGCCUUCAGUUGUGUACUCUACACGAUGAGAUGCUUCAUUGGUUUCGUGCAGUAGAAUGUUGUGUAAGGUUGCUUCAUGUGCGAAAUGGAAACUGCAAAUAUCAUUUGGGUGAAGAAACAUUUAAGUUAGCUCAGACGUAUAUGGAUAAACUCUCAAAACACGGCCAGCAAGCAAAUAAAGCUGCACUCUAUGGAGAACUGUGUGCACUCCUAUUUGCAAAAAGUCACUAUGAUGAAGCAUAUAAAUGGUGCAUUGAGGCAAUGAAAGAAAUCACAGCAGGCCUACCAGUCAAAGUUGUGGUGGAUGUUUUAAGACAAGCUUCUAAGUUUCGUAGGGAUCAUUUUGGAUCCAAACACCCAAAAUAUUCUGAUACGCUGCUAGAUUAUGGGUUCUACUUACUCAAUGUAGAUAAUAUCUGUCAGUCUGUUGCAAUUUAUCAGGCAGCGCUUGACAUUCGGCAGUCAGUGUUUGGUGGCAAAAAUAUCCACGUAGCAACGGCUCACGAAGACUUGGCCUAUUCUUCUUACGUUCACCAGUAUAGCUCUGGGAAGUUCGACAAUGCACUAUUUCAUGCAGAAAGAGCUAUUGGUAUCAUUACCCACAUCCUACCUGAGGAUCAUCUUCUUUUGGCUUCUUCAAAGAGGGUGAAAGCACUUAUUUUAGAGGAGAUUGCAAUUGACUGUCAUAAUAAAGAAACUGAACAGAGGCUACUACAAGAAGCUCAUGAUUUGCACCUGUCUUCACUCCAGCUAGCUAAAAAAGCUUUUGGUGAAUUUAAUGUACAGACUGCAAAACACUAUGGAAACCUUGGAAGACUUUAUCAGUCAAUGAGAAAAUUUAAGGAAGCUGAAGAAAUGCACAUCAAAGCAAUUCAGAUUAAAGAGCAACUUCUUGGUCAAGAAGAUUAUGAAGUAGCUCUUUCAGUGGGACAUCUGGCUUCUUUAUAUAAUUAUGACAUGAAUCAGUUUGAAAAUGCUGAGAAACUUUAUUUGCGAUCUAUAGCAAUUGGGAAGAAACUUUUUGGUGAAGGCUACAGUGGACUAGAAUAUGAUUACCGAGGUCUCAUUAAACUUUACAACUCCAUUGGAAAUUACGAGAAAGUGUUUGAGUAUCACAAUGUUCUGUCUAACUGGAACCGGUUGCGAGAUCGGCAGUAUUCAGUAACCGAUGCUCUUGAAGACGUCAACACCAGCUCCCAGUCCACUGAGGAAGUGGUGCAGUCCUUCCUGAUUUCUCAGAAUGUUGAGGGACCCAGCUGCUGAGGGAGGACCUCAGUUAACUAAUUUACCUUUUCCCAGAUUCCAGGGAAUUCAUACUGUGAAAUCAAAACCAUGUUGUUUUUUGAGGCUGGCAUUUGCAUUGAAACACUGGUCCAGUCCAUUGACCCUAUGUGGGUGAUCCCUACCUUGCAGAGUGUCCAUAGGAAUAAGCAUAUAUUCAGUUAUAUUCAGCAUGUACCGCAUGUAUAAGUAGUCUGGCCCAUAUUUUCAACCUAGUAGAAUAAACAACAGGAAAAUUUUUUUUCUUUUUAAAAAAAUAAUUCAUUUUGCAGAAAGCCUGAAAGAAAAAAAGAACCCCUAAAUAAAACUAUUUAAGAGUUUAAAAGAGUUGCAUUCUUAUUAUGUAAGGAUGAUUUUAACAACUUUUUAACAUAUAAUUCUUCCUUGUGGAGGUAUUCAAUACUGUAUUGUAAAGAAAUUUUAUGGGGAAAAUCUUUCUAUGCAGUAUAGCAAAGUUAACACAAGUACUAAUAGAAGAGGGACAUCCUGACGUAGGUUUGGCUGCCUUACCCAGAGAGGUGGACACAGCCACUCCAGAGCUCUAGUUCAAGGGAAGGACUGUCAGACUCUUCUGAACUGGACCAGUGUUGAUCUGUAAGUAACACAAAAGCUGAUAAACCAGCAAUUUUAACUCUUUGAUUGUUUUGGUUUUGUUGUGUUUUUGGGGGGUACAAAAAUGCAAGAUGCUCUGAUAGUGUUUGCUAACAGGACCAGGAGGAUCUGAAAAGGACCAGCCUAAUGUAGAAAGGGGUUAUUUGGACCAGAGGCUUUAGAUUAUUAUUUUAGCCCCUGCUUAUACUUUUUAUCAGUAGAAUGAUUUCACUUAGAUGUGUAAUGAAAAGUGAUAAUGCAAAGAUUAUAUUCAUGUAAUAGACACCAAACUAGGGAAAUUUGGCAGUUUCAGUGGCAUAUCUUUAGUCAAGGUACACAGAUGGCAAUGCCAUAAGCAAGUCUAUAAAGAUCUGCUGCAGCCAUCCCCUUCAUUUUAAAUGUUACCCUAAUAAUCAAUGCAGUUACUUAGCACGUGUAUUGGCUAAGAGUCAUGAAAUAGCUCAUGUCCAGGUGGGAAUUUUAGGUUACCGUAUGGCUUACGGGGAUUAAUGGAAAAAUAAAUGCCCAGAAAUAAGCAAGCCUUCUUAGAAAUCCUUCAUGUUUGUGGUAAAUAAUAGUCCAACUAGGUCAUUUUAUUUGAAAUUCAGGAGUCAGAUGGAAAGACUCCCUUAAUGAUACGUUUCACUAACCUAUCUUUGUUUAUUGGGUUUUGAUUUUUUUUUUUAAGCCAGUCAGGUUAUUUAAUGUUGAGGUAAUACUCAAAUUUGAGAAGUUGUGAUGUGUAGCAAUCCAAGAAACAAGAAAGGUCUUUUGCUAUUACCUCAAUUCUUAUUAUAGGGGCUUAUUUGGUGCCUCUAUAGUUAAGAAUCAGGGUUUUACCCCCUAUUUUCAGGGGCUCAUGACUUGGCUGUUAGAGAUGUUGCUCCUGGCUAAUGGCUUGGAGUGGUCUGUGGAUGAGUGGAUGUGUGCUGAAUUUUGGUUUUCUUUUAACAGGCACAUUGGGGUGGGAGGUGGGGAAGAAUCUAAUCUGUCUGCCACGUUGAACACAAAAAAAGUAGUUGGGGAUUUCAGAUAAAUUUGAUCUUAAACACUUUUUUGAACUUCCCAAAUAUAACCUUGUUUAAAACUGUUACUUGCCAUCUUGUUAGUUAUGAGCCAGUAUUUUUUUAAGUCCCCAGGAGGGGAUUGAUUAGGGGAGGUACCUAAAGAGAUGAAGCAAGCCUAGACCCUAAGAUUAUAGCUGUGUGAUUUUGAAACCUGGGUUUAUUCCUCAAAUUGAAUUAUUUUUAAUUUUGAAAAGAGUACAUUGGCACACCUACACCUCCCCCUCCCAGUUAAUUGCAAUCUAAUGCCAAGAGGCACCUCUCUCUUAGUUACCAAAUAGUCUGUGUGACCAAGGACUAACAUUUUUAAGUUACUCAGCUCUAUCCUCAUGGGCUUAUAUAUUUAAUACCUCCAAAGAUAUUUUAAGGAUAGGCUUUGUAUGCUUUUGUUGGUUAUUUAGAGUCCUGUGGUAUGUUUGUGGUAUAGGAAUGUCAUGGUAAAUUGUUUUUCAAUAAAUAUUUUGAAACUUAUGUUUCCAUAUGAAGUUUUUUUUUAAUUUAUAUUUUUUGGUUUUGUGCACAUGUAACAUUUUUUAGGAUAAAAUCAAGCAAAUGACUUAAGGCCUCAUCUUCUCUCAUUCAGUUUGAACUCAACUUAGCUCACAUUCAAUGAUAAAGCAACAUGAUAUUUAGAAGCCUAGGAUCACAGGGUUCAAUGGCAGCCAGUUUUUCUUUUAAAAAAAAAGUCACUGUUAAUAGUUUCCCCUUAUUACCACUACUUUAAUAUUGUUUUCUUUGAUUUAAUAUAAACACUCUAGGUUUAGAAAAGAGAUUGCCUUUUCUGUUAGUGAUCUAAUUUAAUAUGCUUUUGUUUCUGGUUCUAAUGAAGAAUAAUACACUAAUAAUUUUAAGUGUGGGAUUUAUCCUUUUAAUAGGGAUGUUUAGGAUAAAUUGGAGACGUGAAUAUCGUAAUUUAUGAGGUUAGAAAAAAAAUCUCGAAGAAAAGAAUAAAAUUUACCUCAAUAACCAAUUGCUUGAAUGAAUUUUUCAUAUAUGAUGGGGAUGUGUGUAAGGAAGCCGAGACCAACUUAAAGGUUUUUCUAGUUCAGCAAAGUAAUGUUAAUAAGUAAGGGACCUUUGGUCUCAUCCUUUCCUGACUUUCAUUUUUUUUCUCUCUUACCCAGUCUUUUUCCUAAAAUUUGGUGCUACUCAAGUUGGGUGCAUCCGGGAGCCCUGUAACACCCAUAUGCCACACAGGGGGUCGGUCACUCCUGCGUCCGGUUUAAUAGAGCCAGUUGAGUGUUUCAGACCGUAAUUUUUGUGGGUUCCCAAAAGCUGAUUUUGCCCAAAGCAUUUGGACCCUUAUUACCAUCCAAGCUCUAUCCUCUUUCAUGAAAAAUGAACUCACUAUUGCUUUGGAGUAACCCCCAUGCAGGUGUGCUUUCAGUUGUGAAAAUAAAAGAUUUGACAGAGAUCUUUGUUCUUAGCCUGUUUGGGAAGAGUUCACUGUGACAAGGUCCAGAGGCUGCAGUCGUGUGAGCGUGCCGUUUGGCUGCUCCUUUCCGUGCAGACUGAAUGCUGAACGGGGAACACGUGCCUAGAACAUGAGUGAAGCUUUUGGCCACGCUUUACAGGUGAAACAAUGGUUUGCUAAGUAGCAGUUACAGGCUUCCCCCGCUAGCUAUAAGUAGAGCGUUCCUAUGAAACCUCUCUAAGCUGAAACGGGUGGACAGCAAAGAGGCUGUUUCCUAUGGACAUACCUUGCUACAUACAGAUGCACAAAAUAAAUCGAGUUGAAGCACAGAUGCUUGCCUAGCUAAGCCUCUGGAGGGCUGUCGCUGAGACACCGGUUGUAGUCCGAGCAUGGCGGUGCCACCCCUGCUGCUCCGGGUGUGGCUGCCUCUCUCACAGCUGUCUGCAAAAGAAAGGUUGAACACUAGUUUUGCUUUUCAUCUUUUUCCAUAAAAGCAGACAUCCUCUUUGGAUUUCAUUUGGUUAGCGAAAACAGGUGCUAAGGUAGAUCUUCCGUAAAAGCAAAGUGGCAUAAAGUGAACUUUCCGAAAGCGGGGGAUACCUGUGUUGUUAACUGCCACUCAGCUUUUUUUUUUUUUUUUCCUGCUGAAUUUGUAGCCUUGCUGCUUCCAAACUGUUCUUUUUCUGGAUGGCAAAGUUACUACUGGAAAAAUAACUUAUAAGUAAAAACUUCAUUAGGAGUUUUAUUUUUGCUGUAAGAAUUAACAUAUAUUUCACCUCUUGGCUUUGGAGGACCUCAGCUCUUGCUAGGAGAUUCUUUCUAAUCUGACAUUUGCAUUAAUGUCCAGCUUGAACACUAGUAUUUGCAUUGUCCACAAAUCUCAGGAAUGUUUUAGGCAGAAAACUGGUUUUACCCUGUUGGUGAUCUGAAGGAGUGUGCUUUAGGAUUUGUUAAAUAAUGCCCUUCUUUAAUUGCAGUCCUAGGCAUCUAUAGCAUGAGUGGCCUUAGUGAGUCUGUUGAAGUGCACAUUUUUUUUUUCAAAAGUAAAAUUUAAGAUUAAAAAUAUAUGCUAUAUAUAGAUAUCUAGAAAACUUGGUUUGUGGUGCACAAGUUAAGUGUUGGAUCACUAAAUAACUUUGCAGGUACCAUUUGUGUAACAUCAUUCAUUUCUAUAGAUUGCUUUUACGGGAAGAUGUGUUGCCAUGGUAACUAAAAACAAUUUUAAACUUAGUUCUACUUUUCUGAUGUGAAUGAAUGCAAUGUUUUAUUAAAUAUUACCAGGUCAGUACUAUUUUUAUACUUAAUUAAGCAACAGGGGAUUUUAGUUUAAUAGACUCAAAGUAAAAAACUCUUAAUGAAACAAAAGCAAAUCAUUAACCAUUUCUUUAUGUGAAAAUCCCCACUGAUAGUGCCACAGUAAUUUCUAUAGAAAUAUCUAAGGUCAUUGAUAGAUUUUUUUUAAGACAACUGAUUCUUCAUUGUGUCAGAAUGACCUUUCAUAUCAUCCUUACCACAAACUUGUAGUGCCCACCAUUAUUUGUAACCAUUAAACCAUACUAAGUAUGUUUGUAACCAGCAUUGUGAUAUAUUCUGUACUUGUAUUGCUAAAAAUGAAUUAUUGACUUAAUAAAUAUAGUGUUCCUGCA